AUGACAGACUCCUUGGUUACGAUGCCAAUGUCUGAUGAUGAUUCUAUGACAGUUAAACUAGUCACCAAGCGUAGAUCAUCACAAGUAUUCACAGUGAUAUUAAAACCUUAUAAUCCUCAUUUUCAAACAAGGACAUUAGAAGUGAGAGAUAAAACGCGCAUCAAGAUUGGAAGACAGACAUCAAGCAAGACACUGCCAUCGCCGUAUAAUGGAUUCUUUGAUUCCAAAGUGCUUUCAAGGCAGCAUGCAGAGAUAUUUUGUGAUAAACAAAAAGUUUACAUCAGAGAUAUCAAGUCAAGUAAUGGUACGUUCGUGAAUGGUUACAGGCUGUCAGCAGAAGGAGAAGAGAGUGAACCAUAUGAGAUCAGAUCGAACGAUAAGGUGGAAUUUGGAGUUGAUAUUGAUAACAUGUAUCAUAAGGUAUCUUGUGUGGUGUACAUAUACCCCUUACCGUUAUCCCAGGUGGAUGAUAAUAUACUCCAAGAGAUACAGCAACCAUUGUAUGAAACGAAGCUAUCUCGCAAAUCAUCUGUUGAUACCAUUUCAAGCCAACACAGUGUUCAAUACCCUCAAGAAGAAAAGAAAGCACCAAAUAGAUUAGAGAGCGUCCUAUUACAAUUACAAAACGAGAUUGAGAAAUCAAAAAGAGUUCAGGACGAAUUGAAGGGAGUGAAGGAAACUAUACUGGAUUUGGAUAGAACGGUUCAGCAAGACAAUAAACAUAACUUGCAACAUAGAUUGAACGAAGCAGAAAUGACUAUUAAAUCUUUUCAUGAGAAAUGGAAAUAUCAACAGCAAUCCAUUGAAACUGCUAAAGGAGAGAUCAGAAGACUGGAGAAAGAAGUAUCCGAGUUUAAUGCGGUCAAACUGAAACUGACAAAUGAGUUGGAACAAGAGAUUAAGAAAUCAAAGCUUCUUGAAGAACAGUUGAAUAAUAACAAGAUUCCAUGGAUGCAGACUAAAAAUAUACAAUUCGUGUUUGCUCUCUUGGUUGGUGUUAUAUCCACUUUAGUUUAUAUUUUGUAUCAUUAA